AUGACCUUUUUCGACCGCAUAACCAGUCCCCAUCGCAAAUCGCCGGGUCUGCCUCUCCAUAAAUCUCCGAUCCGAUCACCCAGCGAAUAUCAACUCAACGAACUAGAUCCUCGGCCUGACGAUGCCUUGUCGGCCGACGGGGACCUGCCUAGAGCUUGGCUGGCCGACUAUGAUGAACCAGCAACGUCUCGAGGACUAUCUCCAAAUACAUGGCGUGACAAAGGCAGCCCAGCUCAGUCAUACUCCAAGAUGAAGCCACGGCCAAUGUUUGCUGGCCCGCCGCCGCCCAUAACUGCAUCAAUGAUGCUAACCAAGGACUCGAUUCGGGCAAAUUCUGUUGGCCCUUCAGGUCGCAGCAAACACACUCCCUACAGUCUUCUUGGAGGGAGCCCUACUGAAGCUAAUAGCGUACUGUUCGACCACAGACGUGAAGCUGGUGCGCAUAACACAGAUUCCAUCUGGCGAGGCUUGCGGAGGCAAGAGAAGGCUUUGGAGCAAGAUGUCCAGCGAUUACUUGAUCAGCAGGCCGCCGCGUUGGCAGCUGGAACUGGCAAUGAGAACGAUGCUUCCAGCACAGGCAGCAGCACACCUACUGGCACCUUUUACUCUACAAAAAGCUCCAAGUCGAGGAUGACUAGCUCUCUCUAUGUACCACCUCGAGCCACCCGAGACGGUAACGUGGUUCCAAUCAGGCAGCCUGCAAACGACAAGCCCCCGGGACUUAAAUCUACGAGAGAAGAUCUCCGGAAGUUGAUUGCAUCCAUGACGAAGCUCAAACGAGACGAAAAUGCCCACAUCGAAGACGCCAUGGCCCAACGAGAAGACGCCCUCGGCUACCUGGACCGGCUUGGUACCAGGAAAGCUGAUAUACAAGCUGAGCUGCACGAUCUGGAGGAAAACGGUGAUGAGCCGCUAGCUAAAGAGCUGCGAGAACUGGACACGCAGCAUGGUGCCCUGAGCGAAGAGAUCCAACAGCUCGAGCAGAAGCUAGCGGCCAUGCGCUUCCAGUGCCGCACGCUGGAAGAGAGAAUGGACGAUAUCAAGAAUAAAAGAGAAGCAGGGCUAAGUGGAUAUCAUGGCGCAUUGAGAGACGUGACAAACGAAGUCAAGACAUUUGUACAGAAUCCUCCCAUCCAGCCACUUGAUCCGGACCUGCUCAAUCAUGGCGGCGAGGUUGAAGGAGACCCAGCCGCCUCCGGGGGAAUCGAGUUCAUGCGACUCAUCCCGGAGCGACGGACACUGGAAAUGACAAAAUCAUGGUGGGAAGCAGAGAUGGCAGUAUUGGAACACUGCAAAGAGCGCAUCAAUGAGGAUCGGCUAGCGUUGGAAGAAGGCGGCCAAGUUUGGGACAAGGUCACGCAGCUGGUGUCUACAUUCGAAGCAGAUUUACGAACGGCCAUGCAGAAUGGUGGCACAACAUCCCCUUCAGGCUCAAGCGUCAAGGGCAAAGAAAAAGUGCCCUCUCAAGAAGAAAUCAUAUCGGCUCAGCUUUCCCGAAUGGGGCAGGUGAUUGAGGAGCUGGAGAGCUACAUGCAGCUGGCGGAGGAAAAGCACUGGAAUCUUUUGAUUUGCGCUAUCGGCGCGGAACUGGAGGCAUUUAAAGAGGCUCACAACGUCUUUGAAAGCCUGCUUCAUCCCCCUGAGGAGCAUCCUCCUGAGGAGCAUCCUCCCAACACUCGAGAUGCGCCCAAUGAAGAAGAAGCAGAGCCAGAGGAUCGACCUACGCAACAAACCAGCCACUCGGCUGAUGAAGAGAGCGACAACGAGGUCCCCCCAGACUUGCUCGGCGGCGAGCAGGACAGAGACGACGAACAUGCUCUUGCUGCGAAUACCGAGGGCGCGCCGCUGCAUAGGUACGACAGCGAGAACGAGGUGCCACCGGAAUUUCUUGCGGAGCACGCAUGAAGUGUAUAUCAUGGCUUCUCUCCCUGUUUUCCGGUGAGUUCAAACGAAUGAUGCAUGUUUUUUGUUGGUGUAUUUUACUUGGAGACGGUUCUCAGACGGGCGAUUGGAGUUAUACCCUGGACUUAUGGCUUGUAACUUUACGAACAUGAUGAGUGCGCAAAGCAAUAUUAGAUGUUAGAAAACGAAAUUAAUGAGUAAGCUAUGAGAUGAUCUAU